UAAUACCGUAAAGUCAGCUGUGGAACGCCGAACUCGCACCACUCGCACCUUACUGCAGCUCGACAACUUCUUGCAGUGUUAUGUGAUCCUAACAACAUCAAUGAUUUUUCGAGUAAAAAUUCCGCGCACGUGCUCGCGAUAGGUCGGUACGGCGUAUAACCUGUGUUUCUUCAUCUACGCGAUCGACAGAGUCGUGGAAUUUUACGCCGCGACCGUCACGACAUUAUUGUUUAGCCAUCAUUUCCGAAAAUGGCGGCUGUGUUGGACGAGGUUGGCAAAUCUUCCGAGAAACUCGUGAACGAGGAGAAGGACGAAAUAGUCGACGAGGAAGACGAGACCGGAGCGGUGGAGGCUUCCAAGAAGAAGAAAAAGAAGAAGAAGAAGAAGAAGGCCGGUGCUGGAGAAGCUAGUGCAGACGUGCCCGAAGGGGAAGAAAAUAAGGUUAAGAAUGAUAAUCCGGUUGUCGAAGGUGCUACAGAAGUGAACGAGAAUGAUGAUGAUAGUGAGGAAGUUAAGAAGAAGAAAAAGAAGCGCAAGCCCAGAAAUAAGGGUGGUUUGAAACAGCAAACAGAUCCGCCAGGCAUUCCCGUCUCAGAGUUAUUCCCAGAUGGUAAUUUUCCUGUAGGGCAAAUAAUGGAUCAUCCGCCUGCUGCCGGAAUAGAUGAAAGAAUGGCGAAAAAUCGCGUCACGAGCGAGGAGGCGCGCGCCCUCGACAGGAUGCACAAUGAUAUCUAUAAUGAAGCUAGACAGGCAGCUGAAGCACAUCGACAAACAAGAUACCACAUGGUGAAAUGGAUAAAGCCGGGAAUGACUAUGAUAGAGAUCUGUAACGAGUUGGAGGAGACCGCUCGAAAAUUGAUAGGCGAGGAUGGUCUCAAAGCCGGAUUGGCGUUUCCAACUGGGUGCUCCCGUAAUCACUGUGCAGCUCACUACACUCCAAACGCCGGCGAUCCGACCGUGCUGGAGUACGAUGACGUCACCAAGAUUGAUUUCGGUACGCACAUCAACGGGCGUAUCAUCGACUGUGCGUUUACCUUGGCGUUCAAUCCAAAGUUCGAUAAGCUGAUCGAGGCUGUCCGCGACGCCACCAAUACCGGUAUCAAGGCCGCUGGAAUUGACGUGCAAUUGUGCGACGUCGGUGCUGCUAUUCAGGAAGUCAUGGAAUCUUACGAGGUGGAACUGGACGGCAGAACGUAUCCGGUGAAAUCGAUUAGAAAUCUGAACGGCCACUCCAUCGCGCCCUAUCGCAUACACGCCGGAAAAACAGUGCCGAUAGUCAAAGGCGGUGAGGCGACUCGAAUGGAGGAGAACGAGUUCUACGCGAUUGAAACCUUCGGGUCCACCGGCAGAGGCGUGGUCCACGACGACAUGGAAUGUUCGCAUUACAUGAAGAGCUUCGACGCUGGUUUUGUGCCGUUGAGAUUGCAGAGCAGCAAAUCUCUUCUCAAUACCAUCAACAAGCACUUCGGUACUUUAGCUUUCUGUAAGCGCUGGUUAGACCGCGUCGGUUGCACCAAGUAUCAAAUGGCGCUGAAGGAUCUCUGCGAGAAAGGCGCCGUUGAAGCCUAUCCACCGCUGGUCGAUGUCAAGGGCUGUUACACCGCUCAGUUCGAGCACACGCUAGUUCUGCGUCCCACGUGUAAAGAAGUUAUUUCCCGCGGAGAUGAUUAUUAAAUUGUUUUACGUGAAUUAUUAUCGAGAAUCGGGUUUGUUUUUUCAAUCUUGAUGUAAAAUUUUUGUCAAAGCAUCGUCGUAAGAUUAUCGUUCGUACACAUAACGCGAACGAUAAUCAUUGCAAUGUGUUAGCAAUGUGGCAUUUCUAACUGUAAUUACAUACUAUCCAUAAUUUUACUUUUC